AUGUCAAAUUUUACUGAACAACCAGAGCCUUCAAUUGAAAAGAUAUCGAUUCUUCAUGAAGAAUCCAUAAUUGUUGGAUUUCAUUUAACGGAAUAUAUGAUACGAGAUAUAAUACUUAACAUUCCCGUAUCAACAUAUGUGUUAGUUACCGAUUCAACUAUUGCAUCUCUUUAUCUUGAAAAUCUAUCGAAUCGAUUUAAAAAUAUUGCUUCAGAAUUAACUCUUUCUAAGGGAAAUAAUGCUGUUCCGCCUCGAUUUUUUUCUUAUGUGAUACCUCCGGGAGAACAAUCAAAGUCUCGUGAUACUAAAGCUGAAAUUGAAGAUUUCCUUCUAAGUCAGUCAUGCACUCGCGAUACUUGUAUCAUAGCAUUUGGUGGUGGUGUGAUUGGAGAUUUGGUUGGUUUCGUUGCUGCUACUUUUAUGCGCGGUGUACCGUUUGUUCAAAUUCCAACUACUCUUCUUGCAAUGGUAGAUUCAUCUAUUGGUGGUAAAACGGCUGUAGAUACUCCUCAUGGAAAAAAUUUAAUUGGUGCUUUUUGGCAACCUAAAAGAAUAUUUAUCGAUAUAAUUUAUUUGGAAACUUUACCUGAACGACAAUUUAUUAACGGUAUGGCUGAAGUUAUAAAGACUGCGGCAAUUUGGAAAGAAAGUGAUUUUGUGAACCUCGAAAAUGGCGUUGCAAGUAUUCGUGAUGCUGUAUUAAAUCCUAAAAGGGAUGUUCCUUUUCAAGGUGCUACAUUAGAAACGCGUACACCAUCUCAAUCACUCCUUCUUUCUGUUAUUCGUAGUUCUGCAGAGUUUAAGGCCUAUGUUGUGACAAAUGAUGAGAGGGAAAGUGGUCUUCGUGGGUUGCUUAAUUUUGGUCAUUCUAUCGGUCACGCGAUAGAGGCUAUUAUGUGUGACGUUCUCCUUCAUGGUGAAUGUGUAUCUAUCGGUAUGGUUAAAGAAGCUGAACUUGCAAGAAGUCUUGGACACUUAAAUCAAGUUGCUGUGGGUCGACUGGUUAGGUGUUUAGAAAGCUAUGGUUUACCUAUUUCUUUGGAUGAUAAAGUCAUUCGAAAAUUUGUGGGUAAUAGACGGUGUCCUGUGGAUAAGUUAAUGGAAAUCAUGAAAGUUGAUAAAAAAAAUAUAGGUGAUAAAAAGAGGAUCGUUAUACUCUCUGGAAUUGGAAAGACAUUGGAACAAAAAGCUACUUUUGUUGCUGAUUCCGCCAUAAGAAAGGUUCUUUCUCCCGCUGUUUCGGUUAUUCCGGUCACUUCUUCAUCUAAUGCUCCUAAACAUGUAACAAUGACAACUCCUGGAUCAAAAUCUAUUUCAAAUCGUGUCUUGGUGCUCUCAGCACUCGGAACUGGUACUUGUCGACUUAAAGGAUUAUUACAUUCGGAUGAUACACAAGUUAUGUUGGUUGCUUUGCAAAAUCUUGGUGGCGCAAAAUUUGAAUGGGAAGACGACGGUGAAACUUUGGUCGUCACAGGCGGUGGUGGUUAUCUUAAGGUUCCCGAUAAGGAAAUUUAUCUUGGAAAUGCUGGAACUGCUGCCCGGUUUCUUACUACAGUAUGUACUUUAGUUUCCGGAGAGACUAAGACUGAAACAAAAAAGAACACUAUUGUAACUGGAAAUGCGCGUAUGAAGCAACGACCGAUAGGUCCUUUAGUGAAUACACUUCGAGAAAAUGGUUCUCAAAUUAAUUACCUUGAAAGUGAAGGUUGCCUUCCACUCGAAAUAGCUCCAUUAGGAUUAUGCGGUGGCAAUAUUAACCUUUCUGCAUCUAUAUCAUCUCAAUACGUUUCAUCUAUUCUUUUAAGUGCUCCAUAUGCCAAGGAACCGGUGACUUUGAGCUUAACUGGAGGACGGGUAAUAUCUCAACCCUAUAUUGAUAUGACAAUAGCAAUGAUGAAUUCUUUCGGUAUCAAAGUUGAGCGUCUUGAUGGUGAUGUGUAUCGAAUUCCAAAAGGUUGUUACAAAAAUCCCAGUGAAUAUAUUGUAGAAGCAGAUGCUAGCUCUGCCACGUAUCCAUUAGCAAUUGCUGCUAUCACUGGCAAUACAUGCUCCCUUCCAAAUAUAGGUUCAGCUUCUCUUCAGGGUGAUGCUGCAUUUGCUGUUAAAGUCCUCCGGCCUAUGGGGUGUACAGUUACCCAAACUGCUACAAGCACUACAGUGCAAGGACCCCCAAUCGGAUCACUGCGCCCUCUACCACAAAUUGAUAUGGAAACAAUGACAGAUGCAUUUUUGACUGCUUCCGUUCUAGCUGCUGUUGCUUCUAAUCAAAGUGACGGAGAAUGUAUUACUCGAAUUACAGGUAUUGCAAAUCAGCGAGUUAAAGAAUGUAACAGAAUUGCUGCCAUGGUUAGUGAAUUAAGUAAAUUUGGCGUUACAGCAUCCGAACUUCCUGAUGGGAUUCAGAUACAUGGUGCCAAAAUUCAAUCUCUUAAAGGUCCUGAGAAAGGAGUUGAGUGUUAUGAUGAUCACCGAGUAGCAAUGAGUUUUAGCGUGCUUGGAUGUGUUAUACCAAAUGGUACGAUUAUACGUGAGAAAAAAUGUGUAGAAAAAACAUGGCCAAAUUGGUGGGAUGAUUUGGAAUCUAAAUUAGGUAUACAAUUUGACGGUUUAGAUAUAGAACCAGAGCAUGAUUUAUUAGCAAAAGACGAAACAAAAGUUUCAAAAGACAAAUCAUUGGUAUUUAUUGGAAUGCGUGGUGUAGGAAAGUCAUUUCUCGGAAAAAUCGCUGCCAAUUUAUUGAACUAUAAACUUAUCGAUUUCGAUAAUUAUUUUGAAACUACUUUAUCUAUAACAUUACAAGACUUUGUAGAAAAGCAAGGAUGGGCAGCAUUUCGUGAAAAGGAAGCUGAGAUUAUUAAAUCAUUACUUCAAACUCAUCCUUCAGGCUACAUAAUUUCCUGUGGUGGUGGAGUAGUUGAAACUCCAUCGUCCCGUGAUUUUUUAAAAGCAUAUAUACGCGAAAAAGGGAUAGUUGUACAUAUAGUAAGAGAUAUUAAGGAAGUGGAAAAAUAUUUAAAAUAUUUAAACAAAGAUACAGCACGUCCAGCAUAUGGAGAAACAUUUCUCGAUGUAUGGAAGCGACGCGAGGGAUGGUAUAAAGAAUGUUCCAAUUAUGAAUAUGUUACGAUAACUGCAGGCGACGGUACCGAUGAUAUUGAUCCAUCAGAUUGGUAUCGUGAAGAAAAAAAUUUUAAUCAAUUUCUGAAAUUUAUUGUUGGACAAGAAACCAACCAGGUGAAUUAUGACCUAAAAAAUAAGACUUUUUUUGUCUCUCUAACAUAUUCAGAUGUGAGUCCCGCGUUGCAACAUAUACCUACCAUAACUCAUGGCGUAGACGCAAUUGAACUUCGAGUAGAUUUACUUUCUAACAACUUACACACAAGAUCAUUUGUAGAUUAUGUUUCAAAUCAGUUGGCACUUUUGAAGCGUUCAUCAACACUUCCAAUAAUUUUCACUGUUCGAACUCAAGGGCAGGGUGGUAAAUUUCCUGAUACUCGGGAAAAAGAAAUGUUCUCCCUUUUAGAACAAGCAUUAAAAUGGGGCUGUGAAUACGUUGACUUAGAGAUUUGUUGGUCUAACGAUUUAAUCUCAAAUUUAAUCAAAAAUAAGGGGAACACAAAAAUAAUUGCUUCAUGGCAUGAUGUGACGGGUACUGUGAAAUGGGAUAGUGAAGAGAUUCGUCGACGUUACAGGACUGCGGAAGAAUACGGUGAUAUCAUAAAAAUAGUUUGUCGUGCAGAAUCUGCUAUUGAUAAUUUUAAAUUACAAGAAUUUGUUUUGUCAUUAAAAACACGUUCAAAACCAAUAAUUACGAUCAACAUGGGCGUAGAGGGGCAAUUAUCUCGUGUAUUAAAUGAUUUUCUUACUCCGGUAACUCAUCCUCUAUUACCUUCGAAAGCUGCUCCGGGCCAACUUUCAGUUUCCGAAAUUCACCAAGCUUUACACUUGAUUGGCCAACUUCCAAAGAAGAAGUUUUAUCUUUUUGGAACACCAAUUUCUCAUUCAAUGUCACCAGUUAUUCAUAAUACCGGAUUUGAAACACUUGGUUUACCGCAUUAUUAUGAUUUGUUUGAAACUGAGAAUAUUGAAAAUGUAAAGUCUAUUUUACAAGAUUCGCAGUUUGGAGGUGCAUCAGUAACAAUACCUCAUAAACUUGAUAUAAUGAAAUAUCUUGAUCAUAUUUCUGAGCACGCAAAGUCAAUCGGUGCAGUAAAUACUAUUAUUGUAGAAACUGAUUUAAAUGGUAAUCGUAAAUUAGUUGGUGAUAAUACAGACUGGUUAGGAAUUUUUCAUCUAGUAAGACCGUUAUUAAGAAUUGGUUCUGCAUGUUCAGGUUUGAUUAUUGGUGCAGGUGGAACAUCAAGAGCGGGGUUAUAUGCACUUCAUCAGCUUGGUAUAUCAACAAUUUACGUAUAUAAUCGUACACCAGAUAAGAUUUCUGACUUGGCUUCUCAAUUUCCAACAUAUGGAAUCAUUCCUUUAACAUCUCUUUCACAAACAUUAACACAACCUCCUCAAAUAAUUAUUUCUGCAAUUCCUGCAACAUCAAAUAUGGAGUUUCCCGAUGAAAUAUUUCAAUUUAAUAAAGGGAUAAUUGUUGAAAUGGCUUAUAAACCAAGAAGAACAAAUUUACUAAAAAAGGGUGAAGAAAAAGGUUGGAUUGGAAUUGAAGGAAUACAAGUAUUAAUUGAACAGGGAAUUCAUCAAUUUGACAGAUGGACGGGAAAAAAAGCACCUAGAAAUAUCAUUGAAGAAAAUACCUUAAAAAA